CGCGGUGCGACGCGAACUCUUCGCCCCAGUCGGUACUUGUGGAGCGGUGCGCGAUGAGUUGUUGUAGAGCAGCCAUGUCUUCUCCAAGGGCGAACGUCAUCGCCGCGCUGCUGCUUGUAGGCGCCGUAGCGCUUCUGCUGCCCAAGACGGAAGCAGGAGGCGGUUUUGUAGCAGAUGAAGAACAGCGCCUCAACUUGCUGAGACCACAUAGGAGCGGCCCACUUCGUCACCGUGUCGCAAGGGAUGUCACCGGACUCAUCCGCGGUGUGCGGUGGUCCCCCGUCGGAGGCAGAUCUGCUCGGUCUCCCCUGCCGGCGCCAAAGACGGUGACCAAGGCAGCCGCACCGGUGACGCUUCCGGCGCUCACUAAGAGGGCGCACAACGUCGGAUCGGGACCCAUUGUGCUCAAAAGCAAGAAGAAAAUCUUCAUCCCUAAGUUCACUUACGAUGGUGCUGGUCCCGACGUGUACUUCUUGGUUGGCAAGGGGCCCAAGGUGACCCACAAGGGCGCUACCAAGAUCCCCACUCCGACUGGAGAAACCAAGAUAAAGAAGGGCUACACAGGCCAGGACGUGACACUGACGCUUCCGGGGAGCUUGACAUUCAACGAUGUCGACUGGUUCGCCGUUUACUGCAUCACCUACGAAGAGAACUUCGGUGACGUUCGCAUACCGAAGAACCUUCACCUGCCUGCCGUCUGAGCGCUCAUUCAUGUUUAGAGUUUUGGGGUCCAGAAACUCCGUUAGCUUUGUACACAGCUGGACAUUCUGGCCGGCAGAGAAAGAUGAGGCUCUCUGACCAUGUGUGAUUUGUCACAGAACUUGAAAGUUAACAGUCAUGCAAGUAGCCGUGUGACAUGUGUUUUAUUGAAAUAACUACCCGGCAAACAAUGGUCUCGUUAACGAACAGGCUUAAAUGACAUUGUUGGCUUAUGAAGAGAGUCUCACCUUUUUCUUCAACUCGGUGCAUGUGUAAGCUAUCUGGACAAGCACAGACUUGAAGCGUGCGACAUUAAGUGCUAUAAGCGAAAAUGGGUUUCGGCUAAGUGCUAUGAAUAACUCCAAGCAUCUUAUGUUUAUACGCCUGCUACGCACAGGACGGAGAAAAUAGAAAAGUUGUCCCACCGGGUUGGCUUUGCACGCUACGGACUGCGGCAUGCCACCCAGCCUCAUAUUUCGCCUUUUAGUUUCAAAGAAACUAUUAUUAGUGUUUUCAUCCACUUCAACAUCUUGAUAUCAUUCCAUAGGUUUUCUUGGGCCUGUUCAAACCACACUGUGCAUUUUUCUGUUCUUGCAUCUGUGACCUUUGCAUAUAGGAACAUAUGGCCUCGGCCAGAAAGAAUAAAAAAAGCAACAACUGAUUUCAGCAAUAAAUGCGUGAAA